UGGCAAUCGGCCCAUAGCCUGUAAUUGUAGGCUUACAUAUAUCAGGGGAAGAUUUAAGAAAGGACCUAAAUUAUCAAAUCCUAGCAAAUACAUGAAGUAUAGCAGUAGCUAGUGCGCUACAUGUUCUGGUUCUGAUGAACUCGAUUCUGUUACGUCACUACAACCUCCUCAUCCUCGUACUGCAAAUACCGCCCAUCAUCUCCGAUUUCCGUCUUCCCCGGUCUCUCUACCUACUACUCGCCACCUUCGCCAUCUUAUUGUCUAAAUGUCAGACACGAAGCACAAUGACGAGUUUCCAUGGCACUUGGGUGUUUACGACGCUCAUUGCCAUCCCACCGACACGAUGUCGUCAAUUCAGACGAUUCCACAAAUGAAAGCAACGACCCUGACGGUCAUGGCUACCCGGGGAGAAGAUCAAGAUUUGGUCCUCGAGACUGCGAUGUCAUUGAGCCAAAAUGAAAAUGAUCCGACAGGCACAAAACCACCGCCUGUGCUGCCAUGCUUUGGCUGGCAUCCGUGGUUCUCGCACCAGAUUCUCGACGACGUUACAGACUCUGCAGAACCUGACGGUUCUCCGCGGGACGAUCGAAAGGCACAACACUACAAGAAAGUCCUUACGCCGGCACCGGAAGAUGAAUUUAUCGCCUCCUUGCCGGACCCCAAGCCGCUCUCGCAGCUGAUUGCAGAGACGCGCUCACGACUGAGGGCUUAUUCCAGCUCCCUUGUGGGCGAAAUCGGCCUUGAUCGCGCAUUUCGGCUGCCCAAUGCGUGGACCCAAGACGACCAGCAGAAUCGGGACGAGACAGUGACGCCCGGUUCACGUGAGGGCAGGACUCUCAGCCCUCAUCGGGUGCAGCUGAGCCACCAGAAGGCUGUCCUUGAAGCGCAGUUACGUCUUGCUGGGGAGCUAGGUCGACCGGUCUCUGUGCAUAGUGUUCAAGCACAUGGGGCGGUCUUUGAUCUGCUCAAGAAGCUUUGGUCUGGUCAUGAAAAGAAACAGGUAUCACGGAGCGAGAGGCAUCGUCGGCAGAAUGAAUGGAAUUUCUCUGCUGAGAGUGAUGAAGAAAAUCAGAAGCAAUCGGACUCGGCGCAAGCAAACGAGCGACCGCUUCCUUUCCCACCCCGGAUCUGCAUGCACUCUUAUUCGGGACCUGUAGACCCGUUGAAGCAAUUUUUGCAUCCAUCGAAUCCCUCCGUCGUCUACUUCUCGUUUUCCGCGGUCAUUAAUUUCAGCAACCCUUCAUCUCAGAAGGUAGUGGACGUUAUCAAGGCUCUGCCCGACGAUAGAAUCCUCAUUGAAAGCGACUUGCACACCGCCGGACCACAGAUGGACGAGCUAUUGGAGCAGAUCAGCCGGCAGAUUUGCGAGCUUCGUGGUUGGGCUUUGGAACAAGGAGUUCAGCAAUUUGCAAACAAUUGGAAACGCUUUAUUUACGGUUAGAAUGAGCUUAAUUAGAGCAAUAGAGAUGCAUGGCUAGAGUAUGAUUUAUUUCAUCGUAUCAGUUUGUUGAAAGAAGCAUUUGUUGAGGGUGGAC